GCAAUGGAAUGUGCUACAUUUCUUGAAGAAAAAAAAGGAUUUCCUGGAAUAAUUGGCAUGAUUGAUGGAACUCAUAUAAAAAUAGAAGCCCCACAAGAAAACCAUGAGAGUUACAUUAAUCGUAAAGGAUACCAUUCCAUUCAAUUGCAGAUAGUUUGCAAUCAUAAGAUGGAGUUCAUACACUGUUAUGUAGGCUAUCCUGGCUCAGUGCAUGACCAAAGAGUAUUUAAUGUGUCAAUGCUACAAGAUUUUUGCAGCGAUCCAAUUAAGUUUCCACGUGAUACUCAUUUAAUUGGUGAUGCUGCUUAUAAAAUUUUCAAAACUUUACUUGUACCGUACAAAGAUAAUGGUAAAUUAACUGAAAGACAAAAAAAUUAUAACUAUUGUUUAUCUUCCAUAAGAAUGACAGUAGAACGUAGCAUUGCUCUUUUAAAAACACGGUUUAGAAUUCUUCUUGAUAAACUACCAAUGAGAAGAAUUGAUCUGAUUCCUGAUUACAUCAUGGCCUGUUGUGUUUUACACAAUAUAUGUUUGAUGAAGAAUGACAUGAUUGAAAUCCCUAUAAUA